ACCGCCAGAGGAGCCUGAAGAAGACGCUGUAUUGGCAUGUUUCAGCGAUCGUGCAAAGAGUCUGAUGUGUUCCACUAUGGAGAAAAAAGGUGCAUGGCAGCAGACAGCUAAGUUAAACAGAAACCAUCGCUUGAAAGCGCGGUCGCCCUCCCCGCCAGAGGAGCCAGAGGAAGACACGGCGCUGACCUGUCGUGGUGACAGCCAUCGUACACUGAUGCGAUGUACUCCGAGGAGAAAAGGUCCGCAACGGCCGACAGGUAACACAGCCCAGGUCCGCUUCAAAGCGCGGACGCCCUCCCCAUGCCUGCCCCCUCCGCCAGAGCAGCCAGAGGAAGACGUGACGGUUACGUUGACCUUUCGUGGCGAUAGCAAAUCUAGCCGGACGCGUUCCACAGUGGAGAAAAAAGGUGGGCAACAGACCAUCAAAAGAAGACACAAAAAGCAAGAGUUUGGCCCAACACAUUCUGGGUUUGAUGACAAGCUGGAUUCAGACAAGAAAGUGGCGACUGAGAGAGAGGUUGUGUUUCGUCCUAAAACUGCACGAGGCAGGAGGGUUCUCAAAGACUCAACGUCUGAUUCUAAGCAAAGAUCUUCCAGUGAUACCAAGGGGCCGACUCAGCUACUUGUUGUGCAUCCAGAUGAAGAACCAGCUGACAAAGCCAACCGCUUCAAAGCGCGGACGCCCUCCCCAUGCCUGUCCCCACCUCCGGAAUGUCUGACCCAAAAGGAGACAGGAGACAACGGAUUGCUGACGUGUCUGGGGGACACAACACCAAGCCUUAAACUGUCUGCAGACGGACGGAAACUCGUCCCGAUGACACAGAAAGAUGCCGGAAACCUGGUCGAAGGUGCAGGUUUCACACCCAAACCGCCGCCCAGGAAGAAGUACGCGGUAGCUGAUCCGGAGGAAGUGGCGACUGAGAAGGAGGUUGUGUUUCGUCCUAAAACUGCACGAGGCAGAAAGGUUCCCAGACACCCAACACCUGAUUCUCAGCACAGAUCUUCUAGUGAUACCAAGGGGUCGACUCAGCUACUUGUUGUGCAUCCAGAUGAAGAAUUUGAACCAGCUGGCAAAAUUCGCUUCAAAGCGCGGACGCCCUCCCCAUGCCUGUCCCCACCUCCGGAAUAUCUGACACAAGAAGAGUCAGUAGACAACGGAUUGCUGACGUGUCUGGGGGACACAAAACCGAGCCUAAAACUGUCUGCAGACGGACGGAAACUCGUCCCGAUGACACAGAAAGAUGCCGGAAACCUGGUCGAAGGUGCAGGUUUCACACCCAACCCGCCGCGGAGAAAGAAGUGCGCGGCAGCAGAUGUGACGUCGCCUCCCCCCGGCCAGCGUCCGUCGUCACGGGCACAGAUCAUGAAGAGGGAGCGGUGCAAGCAGCAAACGGAGGUCAACUUUUCCCACAGGCUCACAAAGUGGUCCAAGAGCGAAAACCUCUCGCAGAGUGUACGUGUCGAAGAACCAAAAUGUGAACAGGCGAGACAGAAAAACCACUGUGACAGCACAACCUUCAAAGGGCGGACAAGGGCACGAGGGUUGCUCCCACCUAUCAACGCAUGCGCAGACGCCGCAGGCAUAUCGUUGAGGGGCUCACAUGCGUCAGAUGACAUGCGCAGAAAUGGAGGGGACAACAGACUGAAUAGAGUACGGCUUCCUCCCAUCAACAAGAAAUCCUGAUGUAGUGAAAAAUAGAGUUGAUAGCAUAGUAUUACAUGUAUGGAGAUAUGCAAGUCGAUUGUU